GUGGUAGCAAGAAGCAGGGGCCAAAGCUCGUCUUCGCCGUGCCUUCACAAUCACCGGACUUGAAGAGCCCUCCAUGCGUCGCCAGUUUUCAGCCCCAACGCCUUCUCUAGCAACACGACUUUACAACAAAACACACAGCGACCAUCUUGCGUGCUUCUAAGAAUAAUUAGCCGAACGGGCAGGCUUUCAAGUGGUCUUCCGCCGGUCACACAAGAAGAAGUCACACACCACCCAGCGACGACAGCGCCAUGGCCCCGACUAAGGGCGGGGACGUGGAGGCUGCUAAGGAUCUAAAGGUGGAAGUUCCAGAUGGCGAACGGAGCUCUCCCAGCGGCGGAAACCAAAUCACUCUCGAACGCUUCAACACGCCUACGCGGAACGUGUUGAAGAAGUUUGAUGACAACGGGGACGGGCGCAUCGACGCCAGCGAGAUCCAGGCGGUGGUGUCCACGCUUGUGGCUGAGAAGUUCAAGUCCAAGGCCUUCAAAAUCGGUCUCAUUGUCCUGGGUGUCUUCACCAUCAUCCUGCUGGGCGCCAUGUUUGGUCUCACGUGGGCGGUGGUGGCAGCGUUGAAGGACACGCAGGUCGACAACAGCGGCGUCAUGACCACCAAUGAUGGCGCGUCCACGCCGGUGCUGACGGCGAACCUGGACAUGACUGUGUCUUCGGACGGCAAGCUGGUGUCUCGCGCCUCCAACAGCACCAUCGCCACCACGCCCGCGGUCACUCGCAGCGCCAUUUCUUCUGAGACCUCCUUUGACCUGCUGCUGAAGCUGCGCAACCUGGUGUUUGUGAGCCCCGGCGGCGGCCUGUACUCUGUGGACGUGCAAGGCGUGGCGCGUAUCCCCAAGACCACUGGCGGCCACGUGGUCCGGUUUCAGACCGCCUCGGGUAUCCUGGUUCUGGAGCGCAACAACUGGGAGCUGGUGAACGCCACCAACGCGAUGCUGGACGGGCUGUUCUCCACGGGCACGUCGGGCCGGCGCCUGCUGGAUGAUGGUGUCAAGUACUACCUUGAGGCGGAGGGCGGCGCUGUCAUGAAGUGCCCUGACCCGGACAACUACAUUGAUGACUGCCCGACCGACGAGCAAAUCUACAAGUGGGUGAACUCCGACUACACCACGCCUCUGACGCCCGGCCAGUCCGCCCCGCCGCCCCCGCCCAGCGGCGACCAGUCGGUGGGCGGUUCCGACUGCUCUACCGGCAGCUCAGGCUCAGUAUCUAGCUGCUACGAGGCAAUGGCCAACUGCAAUGCCAACACGGCUGAUAAGGUCAACGCCUUGCUGGACAAGACGUAUUGUGGCACGUCGUGUGGCGGCGCGAACCAGGAGGAGGUUUACUUCGGCGGGUACAACGGCAUUACAGUGUCGCGCACCACGCAGUGCGCAAAGAGAGCCUCGUCUACCAAGACCUUUGAGUUCUGCUGCCCUUAAGUGGGUCUUUAGCUGUUUCAACACAACGUUUUGUGAUGUCUCGAUAUUUUGAUUUACUUUGCAUUGAACAUGUUUGGCAUAGUACCGCAGUGGAUGUUCAUGUCCGCAUGCACAAGGUGUCUCACUGAGCGGUCGUGCUCUGGCGACCGUGCCUGCCCUGGUGCCUGUGCUGGUCUGGGCUGUCAGGAUACUGCAUCCAUUCUUUUAUUGAUAGACUCAGCCGCUGCCUCAUGCUGCCUCAUUCGUUUUACGACCUUGCACUAACCACAAAGAGUGUCGUCCCGGGGUUGGGGCGGGGGUCCACUGACAAGCCACGCACUAGAGCCCCUGGUGAAUGCGUUGUACCGCUGGAAGGACUUGCGCAUCAUGUACGUUUACGGCUGCCGUGUAGUAUUAGUAGUUUUUUGAUUCUGCAGAAGCUUGGUAUGCAGGGGGAAUGGAUAAGCAAUGUGACUGCUGCGUUUAGACUAUUCUGCGGGCGGAGGCUCGGCCCAAAAUUGUGGCGCGCCCCCGGCAGAUAGACCCAGCUGGGCUGCAUUAUAUGUAAGUGCGGUGCGGC